CUCCCUCCCACGCGGCCUCUGCUGCUCUUACGGCUCUUUCCCCUCCCCUGACCUUCCCUUGCUGUUUUCCCAGGCCUAGCUUUCCCCCACCCCUACGCCGGGCUGUAGUGAGAAGUUCCGGAGCCUCGGCGCGGGCCUGGGGCCGGGGGCCGGGUGUUGACCCUGCCUGCCAGCCUGCUCCGCACUGCCUCGGGAGCUUCCGCGGCCCCAUGGUGUGCAGAUAAGAAUCCCAAGAAAAUCAGAUGGCAUCCGGGGAUUUCUGCUCACCUGGAGAAGGGAUGGAAAUACUCCAGCAAGUGUGCAGCACACAGCUUCCUCCCUGUAACCUGAGUGAAGAGGACCUGUUACAGAACCCACACUUCGGCAAGUUGCUGCUGAGUCUCUCACAACACGUGGAUGAGAGUGGCUUAAGCCUUUCCCUGGCAAAGGAGCAGGCCCAGGCCUGGAAGGAUGUUCGACUGCAUAAGACAACAUGGCUGAGGUCUGAGAUUUUACAGAGAGUCAUUCAAGAGCUGCUUGUGGACUACUAUGUGAAGAUACAAGACACAAAUUUAACUGCUGAGGAUAAAAAGUUCCAUGAGACCCUUGAACAGCGACUACUCGUAACUGAACUGAAACAGCUCUUAGGUCCCAGCCAGGAGAGAGCGAUGCCUCCACUGCUGGGACUGGAGAAAGCGGACCUUCUGGAGCUCAUGCCACCCUCAGAGGAUUUCGUGUGGAUGAGAGCUCGGCUCCCACUUGAAGUGGAGAAGCAGCUCAAGAAGAAAUGUUUCACUCUGCUCUGCUACCAUGAUCCCAAUUCAGAUUCAGAUAGUGAAACUCUGAAGGCAGCAAAGGUAUGGAAACUUGCAGAGGUCCUGGUGGGCGACAGGCAUCAGUGCCAGGAUGCCAAGAGCCAGCAGAAGGAGCAGAUGGUGUUGCUGGAGAAGAAGAGUGCCACCUACUCUCAGGUGCUUCUCCGCUGCCUCGCCUUGCUGCAGCGGCUUCUUCAGGAACACCGGCUGAAGACUCAGUCUGAGCUAGACCGCAUCAAUGCCCAGUACCUGGAGAUCAAGUGCAGUGCCAUGAUCCUUAAGCUGAGGAUGGAGGAGCUAAAGAUUUUGUCUGAUACUUACACUGCUGAGAAAGUGGAAGUUCAUUGUCUUAUUAGGGACCGUUUGGAGGGGGCCAUUCGCCUACAAGAACAGGACAUGGAGAAGUCCCAGCAGGUCCUGAACACCUAUGAGGUUCUUGGGGAGGAGUUUGACAAGCUGGUAAAAGAGUACACCCAACUCAAGCAAGCAACUGAGAACAAGCACUGGGCACUCCAGGAGUUCAGCAAGGCCUACCACUGAGCUUUGGCUGGGCUAGAAGGCAGGGCCAGGAGGCCCGGCUUCUGCAUAGGUGUUGCUGCCGCCUCUUCCUGGUAAAAGGACCACCUCUGCCUGGGGCCAUCUUCACUCAAGGGAGUAUGGAGACACUUGCUUGAAACACUGCAGUCAUUUAGGCACCCUCCUGGUUUCUCUUCCUUGUUAAAAUGACUGAGUCUCUUCUGGAAAAUUUAGACGAUUUAUAUAAUUUUAUGUACAGCUAUUUUUCAGUGUAUUAUAUUUGAUUAUCUCCUGAAUAAAUUGAUAAUAUUGUGUCUUA